CAUAAAUUUCAUGAAAUAUUUUAACAUUUUUACACUUUCCUUCGAAUCAUCUUUGUGUUUACUGGCAAGAAAAACGUCUUAGUAAGCGAUGUUUUCGCGCUUCUUUCCUGGACACCUUUACUAACCUUCGUAAAUAGUUUGGUAACUUUUGAUAUUCAAACUAUUAGACUGCGAACUGGCAUACCAGUGUAAAUGCGAACGCCUCGAGGAAACAUUUCUUUCAACCAAACCGGAAGGGAUCCCAAAGCAGCCAUGAGUCAAGGGGCCCCUCGCUCGAACAAGAUGUCGCGUUACAAGAUUUCCAAGGACCUUGAUUCCACGGUGACGGCGGAUUUCCACCUAGCGAGGAAUGUAAAAAAAGAUGAAAACGUGCUCAUGAAAAUCCUGAAGAAGAACUACUACACCCUUGAAGAGUGCAAAGCAAACAAGGAGGUUCAGAUUUGUUUGAAACUGAACCACAAGAACGUUCUCAAGUUUGUGGAGUUUAUCAACGAUAACAACCAACUGCUCAUGAUCUUCGAGUAUCUGCCGGACAACGCCAAGGGCGUCCUAAAGAAACGGGGCGUGUUCAGCGAGAGCGAGACGAAGGCAACCAUGUUACAGGUCUUCUCCGGCCUGUCCUAUAUACACAGCCAAGGUAUUGUGCACCGGAACAUCCGGCCAGAGUCGCUGGCCUGCAGCGAAGACGGGGCGGAGGUGAAGAUUGCCGACUUUUCAAUGGCCCGAUCCACACAGGACCCUCUUAGCGUCGUCAGUGAUUACUCCGCGGUCCAACCAAACCCCUACCUUGCUCCGGAGAUACUGCUGCAGAUUGAGAAGUACGGGACUCCCGUGGACAUUUGGGCGGCUGGCUGUGUGAUGGCGGAACUGCUCACCGGAACUCCCCUCUUCCAAGGCGACCAGAUGGACACUAAGGACCUCAUGUCCAAGAUAUGCGUUGCUAUUGGGACGCUGACCAAGAGCGAGUGGCAAGAAGGGACCCAAGCUCUAAGACAGGCCAUGUUUAACCUUCCAAAGGUGGAUGUGGGGCGUGGACUAGGGGACCAAGGGAAUGGUGUCAGUCCGAACGCCAAGGGACUUAUCAUGGAUAUGCUUGUGUGGAACCCCGGCAAGAGGAAAACUGCAGAUAAGGCCAUCAGGAACGAGUUCUUCAAAUCUGACGGGGAGUUUGUCAACCCUGGUGAAAACCAAGAAAUCCUUAAACACGCUCGCUCAAAUCUUCAAACAUGGCGGGACUUCCACGAGGCGGAUUUCACGAAAUCCUCGUUGAGUGAGUUUGACAAAAUCAUGGCGGAGAUCUACGCCACGUCAGACAACCGGAAACAAAGGAACGCCAACUUUCAGGGGUUCGAAUCCUCCAACCCGUUGCUAGGCGACAGCACUCCACGCGGACGCUGGGGCGGGCCACAACCACAGGCCAAACUUGGAGUGAAAGGCGGAUCAGACGACCCUUUCGGACAGUUUCGGCCACAGAGACUCCAGACUGACAAACCACGUACUAGUGCACAAAACCCGUUUGCUGAUGAACUCAAUACGAGGGAGGAAGUCAGAAGGCCGAGGCCAGCCGCCAUGCAAAGCACGCUCUUCGGACCGGCGGACGAUUCCGGAAAAGGGCCAGCGGAUCUCCAGGGCCGAGCCGAAAAACUGAAACAAUCCAACCCAAACAAAUUCAAAGACAGAUAUGGCAAUGACUUCAUGAGGAGCCAGCUUGGAGGGAACCAGCAACAACAGGCUGAUACAAAUGGUAUCUCCACACCACAGGGUCGCAGAGUGUCGAUGCACAACCGCGACCCCGUGCGGUCCAGGCAGCCAUCCCGUGUACCUUCCAACAACAGUUUGCUGAACGGCAUGAGAAUCAGUCAAGCCGACGCCCAUUAUGCCCCGCCCGUCGGCGAAAAUCAGCAAUCGCCGAUGGACGAAAUGACUGACCCGUAUUCUCAAAGCAGGGGAAGCCAGCAGAACGGGAACGAUCCCUUUAUGCAGGGGCAAGCACGCCAGCAGAACGGGAACGAUCCCUCUAUGCAGGGGCAAGCACGCCAGCAGAACGGCCACGACCAAUUUACGCAAAACGAAAUCUCCGGCAACCGUCCGUCAAAUAACCCAGAAUGGCUGGAAAGCAACAAUCAGCACAACACAAACACCUUACCACCAGUUCAUAACGGAAAUGACGUCACAUCGCGCCCUCAACGUCGGCGGUUUGCGGACGGCGACGAUGAGAAGUACAUGUCGAUCGACCACACCGCAAAGGCCAUGAAACUGAAAGAGACCAACCCAAUCAAAUACAAGGACAAAUACGGAGACAAUAAUAUGAGGUUGAUCAUGGGGGACAUACCAACGCGGCCUUUGCAGAUUUCUGCGCAGAUGGGCAACAGACAACAAAAUGGAGUGAACGGAGAAGGUCAAGGACAGUACAUGCCGAGCUGGGCGGAGCGAGGAGGUCAAUCCAGACAGUUUUAACCAAUCAAAUCACAGAGAAAGCAAACUAUUAAAUGAGUAAAAUAGUUCCACCAAUCAAUUGAGUCGAGACAUUUUAGCCAAUCAAGACAAUCGAGAGAGGUCCAGCUAUACAUAUACAUACAUAUCUUCCAGAAUUUAUUAUAAAUCAAAUAAAUGCGGAUACAGCCAACGAUGCAAGUAAACUUCAGUCAUCAAAUAACAUUACGCUAAUAAUUUCCUGACACAUUCAAUAAAUCAGAACUUGGUGAAAGUUUUCAACGUGCUUAUUGUAUGAUAUGUUCAUACGUCUAUAUAUAGAUAGAUAAAAACAUGUACUGUUAUAUUUAUUGUAUAGAGUGUUGUGAUGAAAGUUCCAGCGCAGUACAUCUAAGUUAACUCUAACAACGACUAAAUCAAUGCACAGAACAAUCGGCCCAACACAACUGGAUCAAAAUACAUUAUUUUUAUACAUUCUUUUAUCAUGUUUUAAAUGUUAUAACAUUAAAUUAAAGCGACUGCGAUGAUAUAGCAUUGAAUUAAUAAGUGUUUAUUGUGAUACCGUCUGACUAUGUGAUAUUUAACUGAUUUACGUCAUGGUAUGCAACAAUGUAAUACGCUAUCUGUUAAUAUUUUGUUUUCGAAUGUUAACGAAUAUGUGUUAGUCUUGAAACAUAUAAUUUAUUUAUCGUUUAUCUUAUAUCCUUUAAACUGUAUUCGCGUUUGUUUUUUUAAAUCUAGGGGUGAAUGCGAAAAGGUUUUAAGUGACAUUAAAUAAAGAAGAAGUUAGAAUCGCUUUCAGCCUAUCGAAUGACGUUUUUGUACAUUUCAUUCAAAAUUAAAAUUAUUGUACAUAACUUACAUUUAUUCAAAUUUAGAAUUCCUGAUCAUUUCG